AUGGUCUGCCUGCGCAUGCUCAUCCGGAUUCCAUUCAAUGGGGCUUAUUCCAAUGAAUUAGCCCAACAAUUACUAUCACAGACAUCAAGGAAUAUCAGAUCUGGAAAGACUAUUGUUCAAUCUGGAUCUGAAUCUGCAUUGAUGGCUUUGAGUUUAAAUGGGCUUAGAUCAGUACACAAUUGCACUCGUACUUUCCACACAUCCGUUUCUUCUUUUAGUACUCCUCCCUUCACUUCUUCCUCUUCCUCUUCUUCUUCCUCUUCUUCCGCAAAUCAAACUCAAUCUGGAGUUGAACCUCAGUUGACGCAUACAGAUCCAGAGACGGGAAAGGCGUCGAUGGUAUCAGUGACGGACAAGCCUGCGACUCAUAGAACUGCAACUGCAGUAUCAUCGAUUUGGUUACCAGCAAUUGCAUUUGAUCUAUUGAAGCGUAAUGGACAUAAAAAGGGAGAUGUUCUGACUGUGGCCCAGAUUGCGGGGAUUCAAGCAGCUAAGCAAACAUCAAAUCUUAUACCUCUAUGUCACCCAUUGCUGUUGACUCAUGUGUCUGUAGAACUGAAGUUGGUGGAAGAUAUUGACGACACUAACCAUACUGAUAUGGAUAGUGGCAAGAGCAGGAGAAAUAGUAGUAGUUAUAGUAGUAAUAAUGUAGACAAGCACGGAUUAAGAGGUGGUCGAGUAGAGAUCGAAAGCAAGGUGGCGUGUAUGGGUAAUACAGGGGUGGAAAUGGAGGCAUUGACAGGGGCGACAGUGGCGGCUCUGACAGUAUUUGAUAUGUGCAAGGCUGUAGGAAAGGAUAUGGUCAUAGGCGAGAUCAAAGUCCUGGAGAAGACAGGCGGCAAGAGCGGUGUCUACAAGCAUCAACAAAAGGGUCAAGACCGAAAAGGUUAUGGAAUUUGA